AUGCGGUGGUUGCACUCUACCUACUUCAGUAUAGGGUUUGUCAUGAGCGUUAAGCUCCCGGAAGAUGUAUUUUCGUGUUUUAUCUACUAUCCAAGCCGAUUUCUUGAACGAUCCGGCACUCGUUCCGAGGGACGACUUGCCAAUGUUUCAGUGUGUCUAGAGCAUUGUAUGGAGUCAAUUCGCAUCUAUAAAUUUGUGUGUCGUUCUGCAAUGUGGAAACGAGACACUCACCUAUGUAUUCUAUCAGUCUACGAUCGUACGCUGAGGGCAGACAAGUAUCGGAUAGCACUGAAGGACGACAUUGAUUUGUAUGAGAACGUCUGCACAUCGACUAAGAAAGCUGAACCGAUCUCAUUCAACUCGGAUUGGGAUCUGGUUCGAACGACAGUGCCAGUUGAGACAAUGUGGGACCCGACCCCAAAACCAAGACCUCACAAAAGGAAGAAACUGCAAGAAGAUGUGCCGCUUCGGAGGGUUCGCGAACCAACCUCAUUCGCAAAAACAUUCCCGAGAAAACGACAAGGAAUCGGGCAGACUCGUCCCAACAUACAGUUCGAACUUAACGACCCUACACGUAAACUGCUUAAAACACCGAAUGAAGUGCUAGCAAAAACUUUUUCUGUGCCCUUAUCACAGCCGGAAAUUAUCGUCGAUGCACAAGUUGAUGGCGAGGGACGUUCGCUGUUCAAUCUGCCCUCGAAGGCGUGGCGGUUGCCGCCGAUUCGACGUAGUAUUAUCGAGCGACGUAUAUAUACCAAUACAGUGACUGGGAAAAGUCCUCCAUACACCAUAACAGGUCAACAGACGAAAAACCGCGCGCAUCCAGGAACAGAGGUCGCCCAACGUAAAAAAGUUAGAGAUAUAUUACAUGGUAACACAGCUACUGUGGAUGCGACGAGAAUACUUCCAAAAGCUUCGGAAAAACCUGCUGAAAAACCGUGCUUUACCAGGUACAAACAGAGAAUACUACCGGGAUUUGAAGAGAAAACUUUUACUGGUUUCGAUCAAAAGAAUUGUCUACUUAGUUGUCUUCAUAGUGAAACGUUCUACUGUGCUAGUGUGAAUUACAAUGAAUUCAGGAAAAUUUGCACAAUGAACGGCGGAAAUCUGCAUCUGAACCAAGCCGUGCUCAAGCCGUCAACUUCAGACUACUUCGAGAACGAAUGCAGUCCGGAACGCGCAUCUCAACGCAAAGUUGCUAACAACACGGCGGUUCUUCUUUCGGGAUCCGUGCGACGAUGCUUCGAAGCGCUCACUGACUCAAUGCUGCUCAGUCUCGAAUCCAAACUCAUAGAAGGCACCAAUUCCUUGGAUCAGUGUAAGGCAGAGUGCCUGAAAGCGGGUUCUAGCGGCGGACAUUUGUGUGGUGCAUUCAACUGGUUGCCUCACACUAAAGGCUGCAUGCUGUUCAACAUCGAAUUCGAUCUGAAACUCAUCGUUCAUCACCCAACAGCUCAAUUCUACGUGAACAAAUGCGCUGCGAACACCACCGUCACGGAACAACCGAAGGACGACGACAGCAUUUACGACGACUAUCUAGCCCACCGAAAACAACACUAG